AGAUUGAUUGGCCAGUAAGAAAUAGUAUUAACAGGUCAACUUGGCAUGCAAGACCAAGUCCGAGUUGUAUUACAUGACCUUUUCCCUAGUUCACCACACAUUUGCCGUAUUAGCCAGCUACAUCCAAACACAAAUACUAUAAACAAAAAGAGAAAUAUUCUGUAGUUAUCUGUAUGUGCUUUUCUUUUAUGCCGAAUGGCAAAAAAAUACCAAGUGAAGAAAUCCAAUAGCUGGAGAAAUGUCAAACUUUUACAUAUAAACCAAACUAGCCGAUACAAAGAAGGAUCAAAAAAGAAAAUGCAGACCCUUGGCCAAAAUGAGGCCUCCCAAGCAUGCCCUCAAUGUUGUUGCAGCUGCAGAACCCCAUUUUUCAACUCACCAACAAGACAUAACACAACAUCAAAACUCAGAAACAGUUCUGCUGACUGUCGCCACAGCUUCGCAGUUACAACAACAUCAUCUAUAUUCCCAAACACUCAAUUCACCAACCAUGAGUCCCUUCCAUCACUUCAAGAAUCAUUCAAUGAAUUUACCAAAGUGUACCCUCAGUAUUCUGAGACUGAACAAGUUGACCAUGUUAGAGCCAAAGAAUAUUUCCACCUCUCAGUCUCCAACCAAACUUGCCUUGAUUACAUUGGCAUUGGACUCUUCUCCUACUCCCAACUUCAACACCAUCACACAUCAAAAACCCAACUUGCCUCAUCUUCAAGUACUCAAACAUCCCAUUAUUCAGAUAUUCCCUUCUUCAGUAUAUGCUGCAAAACUGGGAGUUUGAAGACUUUGCUGCUUCAUGGUGGACAAGACUCAAAAUUUGAGGCUGCAAUGAGAAGAAGAAUCAUGGGUUUUCUCAACAUAUCUGAAAAUGAUUACUACAUGGUUUUCACAGCAAAUAGAACCUCAGCUUUUAAACUUGUGGCAGAUUCAUACCAAUUUCAAUCUAGUGAGAGGCUUUUGACAGUUUAUGACUACGAAAGCGAGGCUGUGGAAGCAAUGCUUAGUUCCUCAAAGAAGAGAGGAGCCAGGGCCAUGUCAGCGAAGUUCUCAUGGCCAAGGCUAAGAAUUCAGACAGAAAAAUUGAGGAAAUUGAUUGUGAGUAAGAGAAAGAAGAAGAAAAGAAAGGGCCUUUUUGUUUUCCCACUUCUUUCAAGAGUAACAGGAGCAAGAUAUCCUUAUCUGUGGUUGAGCAUAGCACAGGAGAAUGGUUGGCAUGUGUUGGUUGAUGCAUGUGCAUUGGGACCAAAAGACAUGGACUGUUUUGGCCUCUCUCUAUUUCAACCAGACUUUCUUAUUUGCUCUUUUUAUAAAAUCUUUGGGGAAAACCCUUCUGGAUUUGGAUGCCUUUUUGUCAAGAAAUCAGCUAUUUCCAUCUUGGAAUCUUCUUCUUGCGCAGGAAUUGUGAACCUUUUACCAGAAAAGCAGCCUCAUCAACUAUCACAUGAUUCUUCUGGCACUGACAUAGAACAUGAACACAAAUCAAUGCCAAUCUUAAAUGAAGAGAAACCAUGUUCUUUGACAUCUUUCUCAGGUCCAAUACAAACUAAACAGUCUGAAAUAGGUGAAGAAGAACCACCUGAGCCAAAAACUCCUCAAAAUUCUGAAAUUGAGGAGGAACAAGAGCCAGUUCAGAUUCAAACACUUAAGAAAGAGAAUGUCCAAGAAAGUGAAAAUGAGAGCUUUGACAUUCAAUGCAGGUGCUUAAAUCAAGUGGAUUCUUUAGGAUUGAUUCUUAUCACGAACCGGGCAAGGUACCUUAUAAACUGGCUGGUAAACUCAAUGUUGAAGCUUAAACAUCCUAACACACACGGGGUUCCUCUAGUGAAGAUUUAUGGUCCAAAAGUGAAAUUUGAUAGAGGGCCUGCAUUGGCAUUCAAUAUAUUUGAUUGGAAAGGUGAGAAGGUUGAGCCUGUUCUUAUUCAGAAACUUGCUGAUAGAAGUAACAUUUCUAUCAGCUAUGCAUUCCUGCAUCAUAUUUGGUUUGCCGAUAAGUAUGCAGAAGAAAAGGGAACAGUGCUACAAACCAAAGUAGUUGGAGGCCAAGGAGUGACAACCAACAAGAAGAAAGAUGGAGAUAAUGUUGGAAUCACUGUGGUCACUGCUGCAUUAGGCUUCCUUGCUAAUUUUGAAGAUAUCUAUAAGCUUUGGGCUUUUGUGGCAAGGUUCCUUGAUGCUGACUUUGUGGAGAAAGAGAGGUGGAGAUAUACUGCUCUCAAUCAGAAAACAGUUGAGGUUUAA